CAUUCCCAUUCCCAUUCCCAGAUGUGAUCUGAUCAACAGCUUGACUUUUUCUCUCGUCUACUCUGCUUUGCUCAGAUCAGACGAGACGAGACGAGAGAAGACUAGAAACACUCUACUUCGGCUCCUUCGACUAUCUAUUUCUCUAUCAAGCAGUAUCAUCACCUCGGCUAGAUCUCCCCUCUCCCUUCUUUCCUUCCCUCUGCUUCUUGAUUCUUUUAAUUUAUUUGACUUCCUUAAAUUACUCGUCUUACAACUUCUUAUUUUUCUCUAGAAACACUCUUCUAUUACUUUAAUGGCCAAGUUAGGAGAAAAUCAAAAGAAAGGCAGGUCUCAUUCUAAGCGGAAAGAGAUAUUUAUUUAUUACCGUAGUUAAUUACUUGGACGUCUGGGAUGUGCGGAAGUAAAAUCAGAUGAUAUGAGAGAUGAAAAAUGACUGACGAGUUCACAAGUAAAAAGAUCAUUUUUCGUUAAGCAUAUGCAAGCAAGCAACCAAAAGCACCCAACCCGGCGUGCGUGUGAACUUCAAUGCCUUUGAACAGCUUUUAAUUUUGCCUGGCAGGCUGCUGGAGCAUAUAAAGCCAAUGGUCCAAAGUCAGAUACACGCAUAAAGUCCAAACAAUCGAUACAGAGAGAGAGACAGAGAGAGACAGAGAGAGAGCGAGCAUUGAAUUUGUUUAGAGUUUGCCGAGCAGAGUCAUCGUGGAGCAAACAAAAACUCGACAGAAAGAACACCAGCAACAAAGGAGCGGUUUUUUUGUAACUCUAGUUAGUGAGUGCUGUGGUGGUGUUUGUUAUACCGUAUGGGGGGAGGGACGUUCGUGGAUGGCGUUCGUCGCUUGUUUCAACGUCGCUCAACAUCUGUCUCCACCUCUUCUUUCACUCCUUCCAGUUACAGUACCAGCCACAGCAGCGAUGAGCAAAACUCGCAACAGGAGAAACAGGAAGGCGAAGCACAGCACAACGAUCUUACGAUUUUGGUAGACUUUGACAUUUCUGGACUCAAGUUAAUCAAAGUCCCUAAGCGGGUUAAUUUCCCUAUCUCCGCCCCCUCCAUGGAUCCCCACAAAAAGAAAGAUGUGGAGGCUGAAUUCUUCACGGAGUAUGGGGAGUCCAGCCGGUAUCACGUUCAAGAAGUGGUUGGCAAAGGAAGUUAUGGUGUUGUCUGUUCUGCAAUCGAUGCAUAUACCGGAGAGAGAGUUGCAAUUAAGAAGAUCAAUGAUGUGUUCGAACAUGUCUCUGAUGCCACCCGCAUCCUCAGAGAAAUCAAGCUUCUUCGGCUGCUCCACCAUCCAGAUGUUGUUGAAAUAAAGCACAUAAUGCUUCCUCCUUCUCGAAGAGAAUUUAGGGAUAUAUAUGUUGUCUUUGAAUUGAUGGAGUCCGACCUUCAUCAAGUGAUUAAGGCAAAUGAUGACCUUACACCUGAGCAUUUUCAGUUUUUUCUAUACCAACUUCUUCGUGGCUUAAAAUAUAUCCACACAGCAAAUGUUUUUCACCGUGAUUUAAAGCCCAAGAAUAUACUAGCUAAUGCUGACUGCAAGUUGAAGAUUUGCGACUUUGGUCUGGCCCGUGUCUCGUUUAAUGAUGCCCCAUCAGCAAUAUUUUGGACUGAUUAUGUUGCAACCAGGUGGUAUCGUGCCCCUGAGCUGUGUGGUUCCUUUUUCUCUAAAUACACCCCUGCCAUCGAUAUUUGGAGCAUUGGCUGCAUAUUUGCGGAGUUGCUUUCUGGAAAACCAUUGUUUCCUGGGAAAAAUGUGGUGCACCAAUUAGAUUUAAUUACUGAUUUGCUUGGGACUCCUCCUCCUGAAGCAAUUACGAGGAUUAGAAAUGAAAAGGCGAGGAGAUAUCUCCUCAAUAUGCGGAGGAAACCACCUGUUCCAUUUGCACAGAGAUUUCGCAAUGCAGAUCCUCUGGCUCUUCGCUUGCUGGAGCGACUCCUUGCCUUUGAUCCCAAGGAUAGGCCAACUGCUGAAGAAGCAUUAGCUGAUCCCUACUUUCAUGGUUUAGCAAAUGUGGAGCAUGAACCAUCAACUCAACCCAUAUCAAAGCUUGAGUUUGAGUUUGAGAGGAAAAAGCUGGCUAAAGAUGAUGUUAGAGAGUUAAUUUAUAGAGAGAUUCUAGAGUAUCACCCUCAGAUGCUUCAGGAAUAUCUCCGCAGUGGAGAUCAGGCUAGCAGCUUUAUGUAUCCAAGUGGUGUCGAUCGGUUUAAAAGACAGUUUGCCCAUCUUGAAGAGCACUACGGUAGAGGUGAAAGAAGCACUCCUCUACAGAGGCAACAUGUUUCAUUGCCUAGGCAACGGGUCCCUGCACCUAAAGAUGACGGCACCAAAGAUAAUGAUUUUGAAAAGCCAACCACAGCUUCUGUUGCUUCAACUCUCGAUAUUCCUCCUGAAGGAUCAGAAAAUGCAAACAGGAAAGCACAGGAUGGGCAGAAUGAGGCAAACAGUGCACGUAGCUUGCUAAAAAGUGCUAGCAUCAGUGGUUCUAGAUGUGUAGGCGUCGAAGCGAAGGACGAUACAGAAGAAGAAGCAGUUACGGAGGAGGCUGAUGCCGAUGGGGGGCUGUCAGAGAAAGUUGCUGCUCUGCAUGCCUGAGUAUCUAUCUAACCUAUAUCGAUGCACGCUCUCGCCGAACAAAGUAGUUGUAUCAUAAAUUUAAUUUAAGGUAAUGGUGUUUGUUGUUAUGGUGUACGGCGGAACUGGAACGGGCCAAUUUGAUCGUGGUCAAUCAUCGGAAUUCACACUCUUGCUUUGGACU